AUGCGCUUGUGGUCGAGCUAGAAAUUUUGGACUUUGAAACCGCAAGCGCAAGAGCAGAAGAAUCAUAAAUAAGAAGUUUGGCAUAAUUGUUCGGCGCAGCAGUCAUUGCUGUGCGUAUUCGUUUAAAAUUAAACAUUAGUAGGCCAAGCCGCGUAAUCAUGGCCAGCCGUGCUCUCAAGUAUUACUACGAUCUGCUGUCGCAGCCGUCCCGUGCGUUGUACAUCCUGCUGGAGCAGACGAAGAUACCCUUCGAGAAAUGCCCAGUGGCUUUGAGGAAAUUUGAAAACCGUUCAUCUGAGUUCGUGCAGAAUAUCAACCGCUUUGGUAAGCUGCCCUGCAUCAUUCACGGGGACUUCAAGCUGGCGGAAAGUAUUGCGAUCUUCCGGUAUCUGUCGCGGGAGUUCCAGUUCGAUGACCGAUGGUAUCCGAAGGAGCCCUCCGACCGGGCCCGGGUAGAUGAGUAUCUGGAGUGGCAGCAUGCCAACAUUCGGGCUCAGUGCGCCCAGUUCUUCAUCUACAGCUGGAUCACGCCGCUGCUGGGGAUGGAAGUGGACCAGGCGAAGGUCGACAGGCUGCGUAAGAACAUGAUCGAUUGUUUGGACGUUUUCGAACGGGAGUGGUUGAAUGAAGGCCGGCAGCCAUUCGUUGCCGGAAAGGAGCUGAGCUUUGCCGAUGUGGUGGCGGCUUGCGAGAUCGAGCAACCGAAGAUGACCGGGUUCGAUCCCCGCGUUGGGCGACCCCAUUUGGCGGCCUGGAUGGAGCGGGUGAGAACGGCCACCAAUCCGCAUUACGAUCAAGCGCAUAAAAUUCUGUACAAGUACACACCGAAGGAGAUCGAGACCCCGAAGGGGGAGUAAGUUUCGAGUGAUGGCAGCAAUAUAUGUUGAAAGUGGA